AUGGCUGUGGAUGGAAACCUCCAUGUCAUUUCACGAAUAGUUGUCGACGAGGCUCACGUCCUGUUGUACGAUGCUAGCUAUAGAGGAUUGGCAACUUCUGGAGCAGAGAUGAUGUUAAAGGGGAGUAAUAUCCCCAAGACAUUGUUAUCCGGUACUGUCUUUAAGUUUCAUUACCCAAAGCUCUUUGAGAAGUUGGGUCUGCACACUACAGCUUCAAAUGAUUCUUUGGAAAACAUUUUUGCUACUGAGGCGAGUGGCUCGAACAAAGUCAAGAUAUUCAACGAAGAAACGUUUGUUCGCUCAAACAUCAAACUGUCUCUGUUUGUGGUGGAUUCAACUGAGGAGCAGAAGCUGAUGAUGUCCAGUCUCAUCAACAAGACCAUCCAGCGAAAGGAAAAAUCACUCAUAUUCUUUGAAUCCAAGAAAGCCAUGGAGAGUUAUCAACAAAGUCUAAGCCAGCUCGAAAAAGGACAUUGCUGUGUUUUCCAUGGGGAGCUUCCAGCCCAGGAGAAGAAGACAAUACAAGAUCGGCUUAGAACAGCUUCUGAUGGUAUCACGUUGCUCACUACAACUACUGCUAGCUCUGGUCUCGAUAUAGAUGGCAUCACAUCGGUCUACCUUACAGGAUUCUUGUCACUUCCAACUUUGGCUCAAAUCAUUGGAAGAGCUGCUCGGAAACCCACAGAGACAGCAGAUGUGAAGUUUCUCUUUCUUACGCAUGAGUGCAAAAACGUUUUACAAGUUAUAAUGAACCAGCAUUAUCAGAGACGAUUUCAGUGUGAUGAAAACUCAAGGAUAGACCACAUCUUCUACAAGAAUCUCUUCAAUACCACACAUGACUCUGAAAUUGGGCCUUUGAUUGACACAUUCAUGGUGAGAUUUUCUUCAGAAGAAGAACUGAUUAAAACCAUGGGAAGAUUGAGUCCACUGGAGGUGCAAGACAAUCUCGAGGCUCGUGUUAUCCAGAAUGCUCACGAUUAUACUGACAAUAUACCUUCAAAGAGAUCAGCUCCUGAGAGUUCAGAAAGCGAUGAGCCAAGAAAUUUCGAGGAAUAA